AUGAAGUGUGCCCCCCUUGCCGAUAUCGUGAGCAAUAUCGAAAGUGCCAUUCAGUUCGAGAAUCACACGUAUAAAGCAGCCACCCGUCACAGUGUUAAGGAAUGCAUAGUGAGAACGGUGAGCAAAAAAGGGAACAAAAAUCGCGCCAACUUCGAUACGUGGUGCACAAUCCGUCUGUUGAAAUCUCGUGAUGUGAUAUACUCUCGUGCCGAUAAGGGGAACGCGGUAGUGAUUAUGGAUAGAGAAGAUUACGACUCGCGCGUUCGGGACAUGAUCAGUGCCGGUCCGUAUGAAGAGUUUACUUUCAAAAACGGAAAGCCGAAAGAUCCUCUUAACAGAAUGGUUGAGGAAGUGAAUCAUGUUCGGAAGAAGGUAGCUAACUUGAUGGGCGAAGACAGGUUGGAAAGAAAGUUCCAUGUUCCAAACCCGACGGUGGCAUCCUUGUAUUGCCUACCAAAGAUUCAUAAGAAUCCGGUAGGUAUGGGCCCGAUCUCGUCCAACAUCCGUACCCCUACCGAAAAAAUGGCAGCGUGGCUAGUGGAAGAAAUGAGAAAAUACCCUGUGAAGCAUGGAAAAGGUGUUAAAAACUCGGUGGAUUUGGUUGAGCAGCUAGAGGGGUUCACAUUGCGACGAGGUGAAAUUCUGGUAUCGUUCGAUGUCGCCGCUCUAUUUCCGAGCGUAUCAGCCACUGAAGCUCUGCAAAGCCUGCGCCGACACUUGGAACGGUGCCGAGUGCCGCUAAACCACAUCGCGGCUUAUCUCUCUGUUGCCAAGGUCUGUAUGAACCAAAAUUUUUUCAACUUCCGGGGAAAAUACUACAAACAGAGCUUUGGCCUGAGCAUGGGUAGUAAGCUCUCACCACUUCUGGACGAUUUGUUCAUGAGCGAUCUAGAAAAUGAAGCCCAAAAACAGAAGCUCUUUCCCCGAGUGUGGUAG